AUGAGAGAAUGGGUCUUGGUCCUGUCCUUGCUACUCUGUGGACUGGCUGGCCCCACACAUCUGUUCCAGCCGAGCCUUGUGCUGGAUAUGGCCAAGGUCCUCUUGGAUAACUACUGCUUCCCAGAGAACUUGAUGGGGAUGCAGGCAGCCAUUGAGCAGGCCAUGAAGAGUCAUGAGAUUCUGAGCAUCUCAGACCCGCAGACGCUGGCCCAUGUGCUGACAGCUGGUGUGCAGAGCUCCUUGAAUGACCCACGUCUGAUCAUCUCCUAUGAGCCCAGUGUCCUAGAGGUUCCCCAGCAAGCCCCAGCACUUACCAACCUCACACAAGAGGAACUGCUGUCCAGGUUGCAGAUGAACAUCCGCCAUGAAAUCCUGGAAGGCAACGUGGGCUACUUGCGGAUGGAUGACCUCCCAGGCCAGGAAGUGCUGAGCAAGCUUGGGGAAUUCUUGGUGAUCCACAUGUGGAGCAAGCUCAUGGGCACCUCUGCCUUGGUGCUGGAUCUCCGGCACUGCACUGGGGGCCACAUCUCUGGUAUCCCCUAUGUCAUCUCCUACCUGCAUCCUGGGAACACUGUCUUGCAUGUGGAUACCAUCUAUGACCGCCCCUCCAAUACUACCACAGAGAUCUGGACCCUGCCAGAGGUCCUAGGAGAGAGGUACAGUGCAGACAAAGAUGUGGUGGUCCUCACCAGUGGCCGCACUGGGGGUGUGGCCGAGGACAUCGCGUACAUCCUCAAGCAGAUGCGCAGGGCCAUCGUGGUGGGUGAGCGGACUGAAGGGGGUGCCUUGGAUCUCCAGAAGCUGAGGAUAGGUCAGUCCAAUUUCUUCCUCACUGUACCUGUGUCCAGGUCCCUGGGACCCCUGGGUGGAGGCAGCCAGACUUGGGAAGGCAGUGGAGUGCUGCCCUGUGUGGGAACACCCGCUGAACAAGCCUUGGAGAAAGCCCUGGCCAUCCUCACUCUGCGUCGUGCUCUGCCUGGGGUUGUCCGCCACCUGCAGGAGGCCCUGCAGGACUACUACACCUUGGUGGACCGGGUGCCAGCCCUGUUGCACCACCUGGCCAGCAUGGACUACUCUUCUGUGGUCUCAGAAGAGGAUUUGGUCACCAAACUCAAUGCCGGCCUGCAGGCUGUGUCCGAGGACCCCAGGCUUGUUGUGCGGGCUGUUGGGCCCAAAGAAACCUCUUCUGGGCCUGAGGUUGAAGUUGAUGAUACCUUAAUUGCAGCCCCUGAGGUGCCUGAGAUGCCCAAGGAUGAGGCUGCCCGGCAGGCCCUGGUGGACUCUGUAUUUCAGGUGUCAGUGCUACCAGGUAACGUGGGUUACUUGCGCUUUGAUGGAUUUCCAGAUGCCUCUGUGCUAGGGGCACUAGGCCCCUAUGUGAUACGCCAAGUGUGGGAACCCCUGCAGGACACAGAGCACCUCAUCAUGGACCUGCGCCACAACCCUGGAGGACCGUCCUCUGCUGUGCCCUUCCUGCUGUCCUACUUCCAGGGCCCUGAGGAUGGCUCUGUGCGCCUCUUCACCACCUAUGACCGCAGGACCAAUGUCACACAGGAGCACUUCAGUAGCAGUGAGCUGAUGGGUCCACGCUACGGCAACCAGCGUGGAGUGUACUUGCUCACCAGUCACCGUACUGCCACUGCGGCCGAGGAGUUUGCCUUCCUCAUGCAGUCGCUGGGCUGGGCCACCCUGGUGGGUGAGAUCACUGCGGGCAGCCUGCUGCACACCUGCACGGUGUCACUGCUGGAUACGCCUGAAGGAGGCCUGGUGCUUACUGUGCCGGUGCUGACUUUCAUUGACAACCAUGGCGAGGGCUGGCUGGGUGGUGGGGUGGUGCCUGAUGCCAUCGUGCUGGCUGAGGAGGCCCUUGACAGAGCCCAGGAGGUGCUGGAGUUCCACCGCAGCUUGGGGGCCUUGGUGGAGGGCACAGGGCGCCUGCUGGAGGCCCACUAUGCACGGCCAGAGGUUGUGGAGCAGACAGGGGCUCUGCUGCGAGCUAAACUGGCUCACGGGGCCUACCGCACGGCUGUGGAUUUGGAAUCACUGGCCUCGCAGCUCACUGCUGACCUGCAGGAAGUAUCUGAGGACCACCGCCUGCUGGUGUUUCACAGUCCUGGUGAGCUGGUGGCUGAGGAGGUGCCCCUGCCACCCCCUGUUGUCCCCUCUCCAGAGGAGCUCUCCUACCUCAUCGAGGCCCUGUUCAAGACAGAAGUGCUACCUGGCCGGCUGGGCUACCUCAGAUUUGAUGCCAUGGCUGAGCUGGAGACUGUAAGGGCCAUUGGGCCACAGCUGGUUAGGCUGGUGUGGCAGCAGCUAGUAGACACGGCCGCACUAAUUGUUGAUCUGCGCUACAACCCUGGCAGCUACUCCUCCGCUGUGCCACUGCUUUGCUCCUACUUCUUUGAGGCAGAGCCCCGCCAGCACCUCUACUCCAUCUUUGACAGGGCCACCUCAAAGGUCAUGGAGGUGUGGACGCUGCCUCAGGUUGCUGGGCAGCGUUACGAUAUCCACAAGGACCUCUACAUCCUGAUGAGCCACACCAGUGGAUCUGCAGCAGAGGCCUUUGCUCACACCAUGCAGGACCUGCAGCGGGCCACAGUCAUUGGGGAACCCACAGCUGGAGGAGCACUCUCAGUGGGUAUCUACCAGGUGGGCAGUAGCCCCUUAUAUGCCUCCAUGCCCACCCAGAUGGCCCUGAGCGCCACCACUGGUGAGGCCUGGGACCUGGCUGGUGUGGAACCUGACAUCAUAGUGCCCGCAAGUGAGGCCCUCUCCACAGCCCAGGAUAUAGUGGCCCUGCGUGCCAAGGUGCCCACAGUGCUGCAGACAGCUGGGAAGCUUGUAGCUGAUAACUAUGCCUCCCCUGAACUGGGGGCCAAGAUGGCUGCUAAGCUGAGUGGUCUGCAGAGUCGCUACGCAAGGGUGACCUCAGAAGGGGCCCUAGCUGAGAUGCUGGGGGCUGACCUGCAGCUACUUUCUGGGGACCCCCACCUGAAGACAGCCCAUAUCCCUGAGGAUGCCAAGGACCGCAUUCCUGGAAUUGUACCCAUGCAGAUCCCUUCCCCAGAAGUCUUUGCAGACUUGAUCAAGUUUUCUUUCCACACUAAUGUGCUGGAGGACAACAUUGGCUACCUGAGGUUCGACAUGUUUGGGGACUGUGAGCUGCUCACCCAGGUCUCUGAGCUGCUAGUGGAACACAUCUGGAAGAAGAUUGUGCACACAGAUGCCAUGAUUAUCGACAUGAGGUUCAACAUCGGAGGUCCCACCUCCUCCAUCUCUGCCCUGUGCUCCUACUUCUUUGACGAAGGUUCUCCAGUGCUACUGGACAAGAUCUACAACCGGCCCAAUGACUCUGUCAGUGAACUCUGGACCCACACUCGUCUUGCAGGUGAACGCUAUGGCUCCAAGAAAAAUGUGGUCAUUCUGACCAGUGGUUUAACAGCUGGUGCUGCUGAAGAAUUUACCUACAUCAUGAAGAAGCUGGGCCGGGCCCUGGUCAUUGGGGAAGUGACCAGUGGGGGCUGCCAGCCCCCACAGACCUACCACGUAGAUGACACUCACCUCUACAUCACCAUCCCCACGGCCCGCUCUGUGGGGGCUGCAGAUGGUAGCUCCUGGGAGGGUGUGGGUGUGACACCCCAUGUGCUGGUCCCUUCAGAAAUGGCCCUUACGAGAGCCAAGGAGAAGCUCCAGCACACUCUGAGAGGGUGA